CUUCCUACAGGACACUUACCAGGAAGCUGCACCUCAGAGUGGCUGGACCAGGCAGUGAUCAAAGCAUUUGUGGACAACCUGUGUGGAAGCCCAGUAAAUUAGCAGGCCAUGGAUAAAAUGAGAACACCAUUCAGCAAUCCUUCUGGAAGAACCAAAACCCCAAAGAAAGAGGGGUUUCAAUUUUCUUCUGUGAAAUCACUUCCAGAAGCUGCUACAGUGCCUCUCCCACCAGACCCAGAAGAAGAUGCUGAGAUAUCAGAGAACAUGUUUGAGAAAAGGCAUAGGUGUGAACAGGAGGGCUUGGAGAAAGAGGUUUUUAGAGAAGAGGACAAGCAGGCUGCAGAACACACCUUGUACAACAAAUAUGAGGAAAAGAUCCGACCCUGCAUUGAUCUUGUUGACAGCCUGAGAGCUCUUGGGGUAGAAAAGGACCUGUCCUUGCCUGCGAUUGCGGUGAUUGGAGACCAGAGCUCCGGGAAAAGUUCUGUCCUUGAAGCCCUGUCUGGUGUUGCUCUCCCCAGGGGCAAUGGUAUUGUCACUCGGUGUCCCUUGGAACUAAAACUCAAGAGGUUGCCUGAAGGCCAGGCAUGGCAAGGAAAGAUCUCCUACCAAAAUGUAACCCUGGAGCUCCAGAACGCCUCUGAGGUGGACAGAGCAAUAAGGCAAGCCCAGAAUGUUGUGGCCGGUCCUAGAGGUGCCAUUAGUGGGCAGUUAAUUUCCCUGGAAGUUCGGUCCCCUGAUGUCCCAGACCUGACACUAAUUGAUCUGCCUGGAAUUGCCAGGGUGGCCGUGGGGGACCAGCCAAAAGACAUCGGGGACCAGAUCAAAAUGCUACUUAAAAGAACUAUUGGCUGCAAAGAGACAGUGAAUUUGGUAGUGGUUCCAUGUAACGUGGAUAUUGCAACAACAGAAGCAUUGAAAAUGGCUCAAGAGGUGGACCCCACUGGAGAAAGGACAAUAGGAAUCCUCACAAAACCCGACCUGGUGGACAGGGGGACCGAGGAGGCUAUCGUGAACAUACUGCAAAACAGGGUAAUCCCCCUCAAAAAAGGCUACAUGAUCGUGAGGUGCCGUGGGCAGCAGGACAUCCACAACAAACUCACCUUGGCUGCUGCAAUCCAACAGGAGAGAAACUUCUUUGAGAAUCACAAAUAUUUCAGGGCUCUUCUGGAAGAAGGAAAGGCUACUAUCCCCCAUCUGGCAGAGAAGCUCACAAAUGAACUUGUGAAACACAUUAUUAAAUCUUUGCCAGCGCUGCAGAGCCAAAUUCGUGACACCCUGCAUAAAACAUUACAGGAUCUGCAAAGGUACAAGAGAGGCACACCCCAAACUGAGUCUGAGAAGCUGUUUUUCCUCACAGAUUUGAUCAAACUCUUUAACCAAGACAUCUGUCGGACCAUUCGGGGAGAGGAGGAGCUGUUUGGAGAUGAGGUCAGGCUGUUCACCAAGAUCCGCAAGGAAUUUCGCAAGUGGGGCGUGAUCCUCCUGGAGUGUGCUUCGAGGGCUAAAAAAGCUGUCCCUGACAGAGUGUGGAAAUACGAAGACCAGUACCGUGGACGGGAGUUCCCAGGCUUCAGCAACUACAGGACUUUUGAGGAUAUUGUAAAAGAGCAGAUCAGAGAACUGGAGGAGCCAGCAAUUGAGAUUCUCAACAAUGUGAUGAAACUGGUUGAAGAGAAAUUUAUGGAACUUACUAACAAGAAUUUUGCUAAUUUUCACAAUCUAAACAGAGUUGCCAAGGUGAAAAUUGAAGACAUUAGGGAGAAUCAAGCGGCAGAGGCCGAAAGACAGAUCCGGACACAGUUUAAAAUGGAGAGGAUCGUGUACUGCCAGGAUGACCUUUACGUUGGUGAUUUAAACUCUGUUAAGGCAGAAAACGCUCCAAACGCGUCCCUGGGGACAAAUCUGCAGUUUAUUGGUCUAGACGAGCCCUCUGUUGCCACGGAGAUGGUUUCUCACACCAGUGCCUAUUUCUCUGGAGCAAGUAAACGCCUCUCCAACCAGAUACCUCUGAUCAUCAUAUCUUCUGUCCUUCAUGACUUUGGAGAAAAUGUGCAGACCUCAAUGCUGCAACUGUUACAAGAUAAAGAGAGGUUAAACUUUCUCCUUGAUGAGGACACUGAAGCUGCUAAAACCAGGAAUUACCUCAGCCAAAGAAUCGAUCGUCUGACCACAGCCUGCCAGUACCUGAGAGACUUCCGCCUCUUGUGAUUUGUUUCUCAUGAGGUUUUUUUUCUCCUUAUCUUCUAGCACUCCUGAAGAAUUUAAUAUAAUCCCAUAAAAAUGUGAUGUCAGCCCAGACCUUUAAUAAUAAUUUCUAGUGCUCAGUUUUUCUUUAUUUUUCAUAAUCAGUUGUAUGCAAACAGCUGCCUUUGCAUAAAGAGUUCCACUGGUGGAGUUGUGAUUAAAUAAACAUUAUCCCAUGUUUAAACAUUUUCUUUAUAAAUUCUG